CUGUUCUGUUUCCGAACAGAGAAACGCCCGUGCUGCCUUCAAAGACUCAUUGCAGGCCAUGUUGUCUGUAGCUUUGCAUCCAAAUUCCAAUGACCCGUUAAUGCGUUUUCAGUGGUCUUGUAACAGCGUUUUAGUUCACGCAAACAAACCAAAAGAAAGGCAGGAUGUGAGACGACCUGGGAGAGAAAGUCUCCCCAGCUUCAGUGGAGCAAUGGCGACCUCCAGCGGCUCUCCCGCCAUCCUGCAGCUGAGCGGAGGCGGCGGCAGAUUAGAGCGCGCGCUCCGGCUCUCGUGCCGCAGUUGGGAGAGUGAAGGAAGCGGCGGGUCUGUGAAGGAUGGCGGAGCACUGACUCAGUCCGAGUUAGGUGGAAACAUCACGGAGGAAACGUGUAAAGUUAUCCACGGAAAGGAAAAAUUCACCCAUAACAAGGGCAUCUCCCUCAUUCUCCGGCUGCCAGCAUGAUGAAGGACUGCCUGCAGUUUCUUAUCGAGCCGGCCAAAAAGCUCAAGAUCCGACUUAAGGAGUCUCGUAAGCGAGUGAAACUUGAGAAGAAGGAGCCGCUGGUGGAGAGUCAGUUAUUUAUUAUGGAACUGGCCCGAGAACUCAACAAAAUUUGCCAGAGGUCAAACAUCCUCGGCCACAUCUGGACCAGUGAGGACAUCUGGCCGGCCAGUGUGUGCCGGGAUUUCAUUGUGGAAUGGGCUGCUGUGUUGGAGAGGACUGUACAGCCGAGGAUCAUCCUCUCUGACUACCAGCAUGAGAAACCAGAGAAGAAAGACUGGAAGGGACACCUCCUGUGCAUGCUGGAGGCGGGGGGCGAGUGCGACAUGGGGCCCCACAAAAGAGUCAUCAUGGACUGGACACGGGAGAUUAAAAGCAGACCUCAGCCCACCGUCUGGCCGGGCGAGCCUGUGCUCAUGAUGCUAGACGACCUGGAGUUCCAGUGGAAGAGGGGUCGUCUGCCCAACCUGCUCCCAGCCAUGGAGCUCGUCAUGCUGGCCGUGCUGAACGCUGACAGCCCCAUCAAGGAGGACGUGACAAAGCAGUGGCUGGUGAGAAAGCAGAGGAGCCAGAAGAUCGACGCUGUCCGCUACAUCCCCCACAGCGUGUGGAACUGGAUUUGUGAUGCUGCAGAGGAUGUGACUCUGGACUCAGGCUCAGCCAACCCAGACCUGCUCAUCUCCAGCGAUGAAAAGCGCAUGCGGUGCGGCCUGGAGCGUCGGGAAGUCCUGCGGUGCCAGCGACGCUUUGACGGCUGGUGGUGCGCCGCAGCCCAGGAGGGCUACGACUGCGGACGCCACUACUGGGAGGUGGAGGUGGGUGAGCGGGACUGGCGGCUCGGUGUGGUCAAGGCAUCCGCGGUGAGGCAGGGCUUCCGCUCACUCAACACAGAUACAGGCUACCUGACCCUGCGUCUGGAGAGGGGCGCAGAUCUGAAGGCUCUGACGGUACCCGCCACCCCGCUGUCACAGAGCGUGGUGCCCAGGAAAGUUGGGGUGUACCUGGACUAUGAGCAGGGCCAGCUGUCUUUCUAUGAUGUGGAGAAGCGCUCCCACCUGUACACGUACAACGAGAAGUUCACAGAGGAACUGUACCCCGUGUUUGGGACUGUGGAGGUGGUCAAAGACCUGGUGAUAAGGCCUGCAGGUGUCAGACAGCCGUGCCUCUGCCCCGGGCCCUGCCUCUGGAACUGAACCGCUUAACACACAUCAAUCACUCCUCAGUCCUGAUCCUCAGCAACCCCCAGAGUCUGCGCUUUUAUUCUGCUCCAUUAUUUAGUGGAUUUGAAUCAGGUGUGCUGUUUCUGGAAUAAAAGCGUGACUCUUUCUGCGGGUUGCCUUGUGGGAUGAACAAGAACCGCCAUCAUUACUCUGUCUGUUACUCUGCCUUCAUCGAGACAAACCGUGUUUGACUAUUUGUAUUGUAAAGAAGAAUAUUUUAAGGCUGUCGGGUCAAAACCUCAAAUCAGCCUUGUUUUCUGAAUGAAAAUGUUUAAUUCACAGUGUCUGAUAAGGUUUGAAAGGGUUUUCGAAGUCCAUAUAGUUUUGCGUUUAAAGUUCAAACAUAAAUAACACCCAGACUAGAGUUGCAGUGAUAUGGAAAUGUGUUUUUUUUAUUAGUUUUUUUAGAGAUGAAAAAACUUCCCAAAUGUUAGAAAAACAUGAAGGCACUGUGAAAGGAUGUGCAGCUAGCUGCUUCGAGCCUCAGUGCAGUGAAACGGUGCAGCUGGUGAGAGCUUGCUGACACACACAGGAAGGUAAUUACAGACUGGGUUGACGCAUGUGAAGAGUUAAUUCUCACUCUGCUUGCUUCUUUGUCUCAAGCCUCCUGCAAACAUUUUCAGGCAUGGGCUUUUUUUUGCAGCUGUUUUGUUUCUGUGUACAAUAUUGAGAUAUCAAUGCUUUU